UAUCUGGCUAGUCUAGCAGCGCUGUGGAGGAUUAUCCCAGUGCCAUAGCGUCUCUGCUGUGACCUGCCUGCUGGCUUAAAUGCUACCUGCUUGGACCGUACAGCCGUACCUUUGGUACGUGCUGCAGCUGCCUUGGCUUUGGUGCUAAAACCAUGACCAGCUCUUGUUACUGUAUCUCAAGAAAAGGGAGGAUUUGGGAGAGAUCUGCUGCAGACAUCAUGCAGUGAUUACACCAAUUAAAUCCGGACAAGCAGCAAGCCUGCCUAUGUAGACUAAAGAAUUUGCUGAAGGUCGCAUAACCUGAGGCCAAGCUGGAUCUCGUGACUCCCAGUCUGGUGCUUUAAUCGCAGACCGUUCCUGCUUUUCAUGCUGUAAGAUGAACUGAUUUGGAUACAGCCAAAGGUCUCUCUAGCUUCAAGAUUUAAUUGAAAAUGUCUGGCAAAACGGCUAACACCACAAAUAACAUAGCGCAGGCCCGAAGGACUGUCCAGCAGUUGAGAAUAGAGGCCUCGAUAGAAAGAAUAAAGGUGUCAAAAGCAUCGGCAGACCUGAUGCUCUAUUGUGAAGAACAUGCCAAGAAAGAUCCUUUGCUAAUGGGCAUACCUGCUUCUGAAAACCCUUUCAAGGAUAAGAAAACCUGCAUUAUAUUAUAGGAGAGCAGUAGCACCUCCACAGCUCUCCCGAGCAAAACAAGCCACAGGCAGAUGUAUAGAGAAAUAAUCUGUAAUGUACCCGGUAUUAACUGUGUAAAACAGCUGUUCUUUUACCACGCGUAUAAAUGAUUUCUUAAGCUUUUUAAAGCAGUUCUUCUGUUCCAUAUCUUUUAUUAGGAAGCAAGAUUUCAAACUGAAUUAACUUCUCUCCUGUCAAGUGGAAUGGGGUCUCUGGGACAAAGGCAGCGAUUCUGCUGCGCUGGCUCUUAGGUGGUGAGGAGGAGUAUGGCGAGAUGGGCUCUGUGUUUCUAGAAGAGUAUGUCUGAGUUUAAGUUUUUAGGUUACACAAACAAGACCAAAGUUGCCUGAGCUUUGCUGGCAGAGCGGAAAGUCAGAGGUUUGGAAUCCUGAUUAAACAUCUUUUUUUUUUUUUUUAAUUAUCCUUGUAUGCAGCCAUGGGAGUAUAUACCUGUAUUGCUAGCGUACUUACGUGUAUUUACACACAUACACAUUUUGAAGUGAAUUAUCUAGGAAAAGCUACCUUGGAAGUGGUUUCAGCAACUAUUGGUAACCUCCAGGGAUUCAUGCUUCCAUCUUUAGUUAGGUUUGUUUGCUUCUCAUGGUAGGGUUUUCUAAGUGUAAAACCUAAAUUAGGUAUCUGAUGAUUUAUUUUUCUUUUUUAAGAGGACUUGAAAAAGCAGAAUUUUCAGCUUCACGUUUGCUUCUCUAAAUUUUCUUCUCUAAUUGGAAUCUGUGUUAGUAUUAAAAAAAAAAAGACUUGUCGAAAGAAUGAAAGGCUGCAGGCUAGUGUUUCACUUGCUCUGUGGCUAAGGUAAGGGUAUAGUUCUGUCACUCUAGGUCCCGUUUGUAUUUUGUGCAGGGUUUCAGAACUUGGCUCUUUUAAUUUCCCUUUUUAAAGGGGAAAAAUACCAAAUUGUAUCCAGGUUGUGGUUAUGCAGAUAUAAUUGGCAGGCUUUUCCAUCAAGUAAGUGAUUUUAUG